AUGCCAAUCAACCAACCUUCAAAUCAGAUCAAACUCACAAAUGUGUCCGUAGUGCGGCUAAAGAAAGGGGGGAAACGGUUCGAGGUUGCCUGCUAUAAGAAUAAAGUGCAAGAAUGGCGUAGCGGAGUGGAAACCAAUCUCGAUGAUGUCCUUCAGAUAGCCAACGUAUACAUUAACGUCUCCAAAGGAGAGCUAGCUAAGAGCCAAGAUCUACAGAAGGCGUUUGGAACAACCGACGUAGAUAGGAUUGUAAGCGAGAUUCUCAAGAAGGGUGAAUUACAGGUUGGGGAGAAGGAGCGUGAACAUGAUCUUUCGUCUAUCCGACGGGAAAUUGCUACCCUCGUUGCGGAGAAGUGUGUUGAUCCAGCGACUCAGCGACGGUAUCCAGUUGGUAUUAUCGAGAAAGCGUUGGUCGAUGCAGGAUUUAGUGUACGCCCAGGGAAAAAUGCGAAGAGCCAGGUUUCUGAAUGUAUCAAACUUCUCCAGACAGAAUCAAAGCUGCCCAUACAGCGCGCGCGUAUGAGAGUAUUCAUUACUAUUCCUGUGGCGGACGUGGAGCGCGUCAAGAAGCGCGUCAUUGAAAGCGCAGAGAUUGUCGAGAAGGACGAGACAGGCGCAGAGCAAUGGGAGACGAUUCUCUUGAUCGACCCGGGUCAGUUCCGUGUUCUUAACGACCUAUUACAGAAAGAAUGCGCAGGAAGGGGGCGGUUGGAAACUUUAACUUUUGCUACCACAGCCGGCGUUGGACCUGCACCAACGGUAUAA